UUUAUAUAUAUAUAUAUAUAUAUAUAUAUAUAUAGAUAUGUGAUCUCUGUCACAUUCACUUGCUUCUGUUCCCACUCCGAUUCCCCCAUUGGAAUUCAUACCCAAAAUGGGUUUUAUAGAGUCUGAAGAGAGGAGGCUCAUGGAGAUGGAGGAAUUGAAGCGUUUGGUUGCCUGCGCCGGCCUCAGCCAUAGAAAAGACCAUGAAGAUUUCCAGGGGUCUCGUUUUUCGUCCACAGAUUUCGAUGUCGACGACGAUGGUGCCCAGAAGCUUGUUUGCGUUACUAGCGGUGUUUCCUUUCUUGGUCUCGCCAUAGUCAACUGCCUUCUACGCCGUGGCUACUCCGUCAGAAUCAUCAUCCAUAGUGAAGAGGAGAUGGAGAAGUUGAGGGAGCUGGAAGUGUCAGGAGAGAUGAGGACAAUCAAUAACAGCAUUAAAGCAGUAGUGGCCAAAAUAACAGAAAUUGAAAGCUUGUUGAAAGCAUUUGAGGGUUGUCGUGGCGUCUUCCACACCGCUGCAUUUACCGACCCUGCUGGCCUUUCUGGCUAUACUAAAUCCAUGGCUGAAAUAGAAGUGAAAGCCACUGAGAAUGUAAUGAUGGCAUGUUCAAGAACAUCCUCAGUAAGGAAUUGUGUGCUCACAUCUUCACUCCUGGCCUGUGUAUGGCGAGAUUCCACAACACAAGGCCUCUCCCCUGCAAUUAACGAUGAGUCCUGGAGUGAUGAAUCACUUUGUAUGGACAAGAAGCUCUGGUAUGCCUUGGGUAAACUGAGAGCAGAGAAGGCUGCAUGGAGAAUAGCAAAGGAGAAAGGUUUAAAAUUGGUCACCAUCUGCCCAGGCCUCAUCACAGGCCCAGACUUCUUUCAUAGAAAUCCAACAGCAACAAUUGCAUAUCUAAAAGGAUCUCAAGAAAUGUUCGCAGAUGGCCUGCUGGCAACUGUUGAUGUUAUGAAACUAGCAGAGGCACAUACUUGCUUGUUGGAGGCCAUGAACAAGACAGCAUCUGGCAGGUACAUUUACUUUGAUCAUGUCGUUGAGAGAGAAGAUGAAGCAGAAAAAUUGGCAAAAAAUAUGGGAAUGCCUGCAAACAAGAUAUGUGGAAAUGCAUCCAUCAACAUUGCACCUCGAUUGAAGUUAUCAAAUAAAAAGCUUUUAACCCUCAUGUCAAGAACAGUUCGCAAUUGUUAUAAUCAAAGUUAAAAACCUGGACCAAUGAGCUUCAUUAUGAAGUCUUUUUCUGUGAGAUCUCGAACCAAUUGUAUCAAAAAAGAAAAGUAAAGAACUUGAAAUUCACU